UAUAAAAUUUAAAGUUUACAAAAAAUAUCUAAAAAUGUUAAACGCUGAAAUUUUGCGAAAACGAAAGAACAAUAAGAAGAAACAUUUAUUCACCGAAACAAACUUCAAUAUAUUACCAGAUUUUCAUAAUUUGGCACAAACAACCAAGACUAAAUCAAAGAAAAAGAAUCAAGCGAAAACAUUAAAAUCUAAUGAUUCCAAUUUGGCAAUACAGAGUAUUGGCGAUAACGGCGUUUCCUCCAAUAAUACAGUUCUGUAUGAUGUUUAUAGAAACGAAUCCACUUUAAUUGAAAAUGAAUCGAGUGAAAGUAUCGUUUACCCUGUACAAAAAAUACGAGCACCAAAGUAUAAAAAUCGAAAAAGUAAAAAGAAAUGUGAUCAGAAUAAAAUUGAAAAACAAUCAACAUCAAGUGAUGAGCUAUUACCAACUACUAGAAAAGAACAAUUUCGAAAUAAAUACGCUGAAAAUGUUAUUACAAACUUGAGAAACACUAGUGCAUUGAGUAGUAUGGAAUAUUCAAAAAUUACUCCAAAAUCUGCACAAAAAUCAACUUCGGGAUCCUCAAGGGGUUCAAAAGAAUCAAAUUUGGGAAUCACGAAUUCACCUGCAAAGUCUAUUGUUAUAAAAUUGCCAUAUUUAACAUAUGAUUCAGACAUACACAUUCAGGAUUCAAAAAAAUAUGUUAAUAAGAUGAAAAUAUAUUCGAAACAAAAUGAAGCAGUUAAUAUAAAUCAACAUUUGAAAGCGGUUUUAAAUGAAGAAAAACGUUUCGCAUUACGACCUAAGGAAUAUGGUUUGUUGGGACAAAUAUGGAAAAAUACAGUACAUUGUUGA